GUUGACAGUACAGAAUCUAUGGCUGGUAAAGCCAAAGAAGGGAUAACUUCUCUACUGGAAAACAUCACAGAGGCUUUUAUGCCCUACCAAGAACCUGAUGAAGAAGAGGUGAUGAUUAUUCAUAAUUCAGAGCCUUUGAUAUUGGACAGGUGGGAGUCUCAGCUUCAUGCUAUUCGAGUUGAUCCAAAGACAUAUUGCCGUGAACCAGAAAGUCCACCAGAAAUGUAUGAAACGUGGCUAGAGGUUUUUGAUUUAAAUGCACAUCAGGAAGAAAUAUCUAAAAUCAUGGUUGAAUGUGGUCAAGUGAGAAAUUUGUAUGCAAAAUUGGUUCCAACAGCAGUGUCUCAUAAUGAAUUCUGGCAGCGUUACUUCUUUCGGGUUCAGCAACUGAAAGAAGCUGAAAUAAAACGAGCUGAACUUGUCCAAAGAGCUAACCAGCAGUUGCCAUCAGAUGACCUAGAUUGGGGAGAUGAUGAUGAUUUUGGAACACCUUCAAGUCCUGGUGGCAAGAAAGAGAGAGAAAAGUCACAGAUGGAUAAUUUUGGUUUUCAAUUAGAAUCAGAUAAGGAUAACAUAAAAGAUGUGAUUAUAUCCAGUAGCUCUAAAGAUGAGUCUGUAAAUUAUGCUAGUGAGGAACAAAAAAGUUUGAAUGGUGAAGUAUUGAAGGUCCAAGAAACAACAGAAAAAAGGAAUAAUAUAAAUACACCUUUAGAAUCAGAAAAACCUGUUGAAGAUAGAGCGAGCGAACAGAAAUCACUUAAAACUAGUGUCAUAUCUUACUCUCAAGAACCUUGUUCCCAAAAGAAAGACAUUGAAAAAGAUCCAUCCAAACAAACACCAUGUGAGCCUCUUAAUGUUGAUGUCAGCCCUGACAAUCAUACAGCACAUGACAUUUCAAAUCCAGUCACUUCUGCAAACUCUACGGACAUAAGUGGGGUAACUCUCACUACAAAAGAGAAAGGUGAUAUGGUCCUUGUAGCAACUGGGAAUAGUGGACCAUCUCCUCCUUCCAGUGAUUCAACUGGGAAAGAUUGUAGCACAGAAGAAGAAUGGGAGAAAGAUUUUGACCUAGAAGUGAGUGAUGAAGACCUUAAACGAGCUGAGGAAAUUGCUAAGCAACUUGCACAGUCUGCUGGAAUAUUUGAGGACCAAGAUAACUGGGAAGAUUGGGAAUGAAUGUGACAGAGAAAAGGUGUCAUCGAGAUAUUUUAUCUAGUUCUAAGAUUUAUAUAAAUUUAAAUUGUAUAUGUUUUAUUUGGUAUCUUGAACUGAAAAGUUUUGUUUGAUAUGAUCACAGAGUAUAUGUAUACUUGUAGCUUUUUCUUUUCAAGAUUUGUUUGUUAGGGAACACAUUUUUUUUUUUUCCAUGAGUCUGAAUAUAAACAACCAGAAGCUUCUUGGUAUGAAAAUAUUCACAAAGAUGAUUAUUAUUGCUGUUUUAAUUUUGAGUUUAAAAUUUCUAAGAAUUGUGCGAGUAGUCAACAUUUGUUUUUUUUUUAGUCUUCACUUUCUGUAAGGAAAGCACCUUUCAAUAUAAACACUGUUGCAAGGUCUUUUUUUUUCUAACUUGGGAUGAAAAAUGUUGCAAGUAUGAAACAGAGUUCUUAAAAUUGUAUACCUCACAGUCUGUUUCUCAAAAAAAGACAGUUAAUUAUAAUUUCAAAAAUUUUUAAAUAUUUUCUUUAAAUGUUUUCAUGUAAUAAGGCUUUGUUAUUAAUUUAUGUAAAAUAUUAAACAUGUACAUAAAAAAUUAAACAACGUGAAAGAUAGCAUUUUUUCGGAACAUGUGAAGUUUAAUUAUUGAUAUUUGUGUAGUGGCUCUUGUUUGAGUAUAUAGGUAUUGUUAUUCAUUCUCAAAUACAUUAGCUGUAAUGUUUCCAAAAUAUUUUUUAACAUCUACACUUAGUAAUCAUCAUAAGAUUGUGUGGGUAGCAGAAUAGUUUGGAUUUAACUCGGGUCUUUUUUGGGGGGGAUAUGAGAAAACUUCCUUGAUUUUGUAGUCUUUUUUUUUUGUAAAACCUUGAUUUUAGAGAGGGGCAGUUAGGAGUUUCCAGUGAUUGAAAUGUCAAGACAAUUUUAAGUUUUCGUUUUUAGUAUAACAUUUUAAUUAAAUUUGAAAUGCUGAUAUGUCUUAUACAUUGAUGUAACAGUAAAAUCCAAUUUUUGAAGUUGGAAAGUGACAUAAGCUCUUCCUCAACAGUAAAUGACCUACAUUGAUGUAACAGUAAAAUCCAAUUUAUCUAUUUUUGAAGUUGGAAAGUGACAUAAGCUCUUCCCCAACAGUAAGUGACCUACAUUGGCUUUAUGGUCUACAUCAGCCAUCAUGAUGACUUUCUCAUUUUGUGGUUCUGAUAUUAAAAGCACACUAAAAAUAUAACAUCUUAUGGAAAUUCUUCAAUCCGGAGUUCAUUUGUAAUGUAAAGUUAAACAUUCCCAUUGUAUUAAGGAUCAAAUUUCUAAUUUCUUAGUUUUGUUAUUAAUAGAUUGUUUUUUUUAACACCAAUUUUUUAAUUCACUGUUUAACACAUACACACUUUUUAACUGCUGAAUGAUAUUCUUCUAUGUAGCUUAUGAAAAAGACACGUUUGUAGUGAUUUGCAAUGAAUAGAACCAAAUAUUUUUAUUA